CACACACACACACACUGGCUCCUCACAGAAACGGCAGCAGGGGGGCGAAAACUCUCCUCCCGCCGCACAGAAACCAAUAGAGAAAGAAAAAAAAGACAACAAACUAUCAAAGGUGAAGUCGGCACGAUGUCAAACACGGCAUGCUCCCGUUUAGAGCCCAGAGACAGCUGCCAGUGAGGAAGAGCCGCGGACACAAGUGGGAGAAGAGAGGAGUGACAGACAGACAGCUGAUUAUUCCCGCACGUGGAAAGGGCUCGCUGGAAACCCAAACACACUGUGAAGACUGAACCCCUCGGCAUUCACUGUUCGCCAGCUGUUCACGCCCACCUGCAUCAGAGAUGAGUGCCAAGUCGGUCAUCAACAAGGAGAUCUUCACACCCCACGAUGAGAAGAUGCUUGUUGCUGUGCAGGUGAAGCGGAGGACGAAGAAGAAGAUCCCUUUCCUGGCCACUGGUGGUCAGGGAGAUUACAUGACUUUCAUCUGCGUCUCAGUGACGAAUAAGAAACCGUCCCACGUAUCCAUCACAAAGGUGAAGCAGUUUCAAGGAUCUUCUGCUUUUGUGAAAAGGUCACAGUGGACAAUUGACCAGCUACGACAGGUCAACGGAAUAGACGCCAACAAAGACUGUCCAGAGUUUGACCUGACGUUUGAUACCGCUCUGGACCAGUGGGUUGCUAGUUCAGCCGGGGAGAAGUGCACCUUCAUCCAGAUUCUUCACCACACCUGCCAGCGCUACAGUUCAGCAAGGAAACCAGAGUUUGUCAACUGUCAGUCCAAACUGCUUGGCGAAGACCAAGCUGUAGAUUCAGUCUUUAUCCGUUGCAAGGUCUUUAUGAACAGAAUGAAGAAAGAAUUUGUUUCACAUCAUGGUCAUCUGCUGAGACAAGGUAACAGUAUCCUGCACUCGGCUGCAGACAGCGUGACGAGUGCCGUACAAAAGGCCAGCCAGGCCCUGAAUGAGCGCGGUGAGAGAUUAGGUCGGGCUGAGGAGAGGACUGCAGACAUGAUGAACAGCGCUGAACAGUUUGCUGUCACUGCGCAGAAGCUCGCCCAGAAGCACAAGUGUUAGACCACUGCCAAAACCAACUGAGCUGGGGGGGGGAGUCGAUCGCCGGCUGCUGCACAGGAGGAAGAUUCCUGAUUUUGUUAUUAUUGCUUUUAUUUUUUAAUACAAUUAAUAUUUGUUUAGAACAUUCACAUUUAUAUCUUUUUCUGUUAUUCUACUGCAUCUCGUUUGUACUGACGGUGCCGCAUCGUGCACAGGGGAGGAAGAGACAAAAACGAUGCUCCUUCAGCUUGUCAGCAAAAUGUAUAAUGCUUCUGUUUGCUCAAAAGGUACAAGUCAGAGCCUCGACUGUACCCCUCAGUGCACUUAUUCUUUUCCUUCACCCAGAUUUCAAUGUAGGCGUGCAUGAGCUAACUCCAAAUGAUCACAGAUGACUCCCAGACGAAGAACAGCUUGUUCCUGAUUGUUAAGUGUUAUUUAUUAUCCCUUUAGUGAUCAUGCAGGCUGUUUUAUGAGGGGAAACGUCUUCUUGGGGGUUUCACUUCAGAUUGAGGGACACAUAAACGUAUAAAUAGGUGGUAUGUGGAUAAAUCUAGGCUGUUCCAACAAAAAUAUUUUGGGAAUAAUUUUUGGAGGGAUGGGUUUCAAGUGAACAACAUAACAUCUGUGGAGUAGCUCUACUCCUCGCUGUCAGUCCAUUCCAAAGUAGACAGUUGCAAAGUGUCAGAUUUCCUUGACUCUUGGAUUUUGAGCUGAUGAAAUCUGCCGUUCAGUCCUCAAUCUCAAAAUGGACCUAUACGGCUUUAGUAAAAGUUUUCCACGAACAGCAGAUGAGACCGAGCGCGACGCUUUGGGGGCAGUUCUGGAGGAUUUACUCAUGCUUAAAUACUGUAGUUUUGUGUCCUUUCAGAGGAGUUUACCACUGACUGCAACUUACCGGUAGUUCACAGGUGCCAACAUUGUGGGAUGUGUACUUCAAAAAUAGUAAUAAAAGAGUAAUAUUUAAUAAAUACAUUAAUUGCACACUGUAUUAUUUUAUGUUACAGAGGGGCAGUCCUGUAAACCAGCUUCAGCGUUGUAAAAAAAGUAAACUUGUCCUAUUAUCUAAAUGUCUUAACAGCUUAAACCCUGAUAAUGGGAUGUUCUGAAGUUACUCCUGGCUGUUGUUCAACUGAAACGUCCACUCGUCACACCUUGUGCUUCUCGUAUGAUUUGAGCUGGUCGUUGUGAUGAUGUGUGCGCUGACCAAGGACAAAAUGUCUCUAAUAGCAGCAGCAGCAGCAGCAGCAGCAGCAGCUUGUGAUUUAUAUUUAUAUUUUUCUCCACACUGACUGUAGCUUUGGCUUCCUCACUCGGAAAACACCACCCUCACUCUUGAGAUGUAUUAGAUUCUUUUUGUAUUUUGAAUUUUCUAAGUCACGAUAUUACAAUGCACUGAUAAACUUUAUCGCGCAGAGCACUGUUGAGUUCAUAAUAAAACGUUCCAGUUGCCUAACUUUGUGUGCUUUUAUUUCCCUCUAACAAACUCAAUGUUUGUUUCAGUCAAAAAAAAAAUUGUUAUUAGGAUAACUUCAUUUUUAUUGCCAGCUUUAAUAGUUCCGUCAAAGAAUGGAUUCCAAAAUGGUAAAUUAAUUUUAUUUUUCCUUGUUAUUGCAUAACUGUAUUGAACUAACGUUGAUGUUCCCUUCUCAUAAACAAGGUGCCGAUAGCUUUAAGUGUCUCAAGGGUCAUUAAAUCACGUUCUGUCUGGUAUGCUCAGUUUCAUUUCAUGCUUUAACAGUGCUCUUAUCACUCUGGUUUUAACUCUGUAACACUGUAAGAUGUGAAAUAAAGUCCAGUCAACAAUCA